GACUUCGAGAAUCUUAACAAUAAAGCACAAAAGAAUCUACGCACAUUACUCGACAUUCCCGAUAAUUAUAAAAUUCUAUUUAUGCAAGGUGGCGGACACACUCAAUUCUCGGCUAUAGUUUAUAACCUGUUAAUGGUCAAAAGGCAACAGUUCGAUGACAUUGCAGAUGAAGAAAAAGGAGAGAUUAAUCCGCCGUUAGAUUACAUAGUUACCGGUUCUUGGUCGGCAAAAGCGGCAGAAGAAGCGAAAAAGCUAUAUAACAAUGUCAACAUAGCUUUAGAUGUAAAAAAGUUGAAAGGUUCAUAUGGUUCGAUUCCACCACAGGAAGAAUGGAACCUUAGUGGUCCAAAUGCCGCUUACGUAUAUUAUUGUGACAAUGAGACGGUUAACGGUGUCGAAUUUAAUCGCAUACCAGAUAUCGAUCCAUCCAUACCACUGGUCUGUGAUAUGUCUUCAAAUAUACUUUCGCGUAAAGUAGACAUUUCAAAGUUUGGUGUGAUCUACGCAGGGGCGCAGAAGAAUAUAGGACCUGCGGGCGUUACCGUUGUAAUAAUUCGUGAAGAUUUAUUGACUAUGCCUAAACCCGUUACUAUGGGUGCUCCAGCGAUUCCAUCAAUGUUAAGUUAUAAAGUCAUGGCUGAUCAUAAUUCUCUGUACAACACUCCCCCCAUGUUUGCCAUAUAUAUGUCAGAUUUGGUAUUCGAAUGGUUAUUGGAAAAUGGGGGGGUUGAAGCGAUCGAAAAAAUCAACUCCAUCAAGUCUUCGAGAUUAUACGAUUGCAUUAAAAAUUCGAAGAUAUAUAAAUCUCCGGUCGAAGAGAGUGUUAGAUCAAGAAUGAAUGUACCAUUUAGAAUUGAACCGGAAGGAUUAGAAAAAGAAUUUUUGAAAGGAGCUGAGGAGUUAGGAAUGUUACAGUUGAAGGGGCAUCGGAGCGUUGGUGGGAUCAGAGCCAGUAUAUACAACGCGAUGCCAUUGGAGGGUGUUGACACUCUGAUCAAAUACAUGCAAGAAUUUGAGAGGAAACACUCUUCACUACAAUAA